AUGGCACUUCUCGCUUGGCCUCUGCUGCUCUCGCUGUGGUCGUUGACCCUUGCGAAGAGACCACACAUCAUCUUCCAUGUGAUCGACGAUUUUGGUUGGGACGAUCCUGGCUUUCGGAAUGGGAACCAGAUCCAGACGCCCACUCUGAACAUGUUCCACGAGAGGGGUGUGACCCUGGACCAGUACUACGUGCUGCCCUCUUGCUCGCCCAGCCGAGCGACCUUCAUGACAGGGCGAAUGCCGCUGCACACGGGCAUCAACAACUGGAUUCCGAACGAAGCAUACGGCCUGCCGCUGAACGAGACCACGCUGCCCUCGCUGUUGGGCGGACUGGGCUACAGGCGCCAUGCUGUCGGCAAGUGGCACUUGGGCUUCUUCAAGACCGAGUACACGCCCACGUACAGAGGCUUCGAAUCCUUCUACGGAUACUACGAGGGCUCCGAGGACUACUUCCUCCACGUGACCGCCGGUGGCUACGACCUGCAUCGGGAGCCAAAGGAGCGUUGCGGUGCUGGCUGUACUCAGGUCGCUUGGGGGGAUGUUGGCCAAUACUCCACGAAGCUCUUCGCGGAGGAAGCCGUCCGCAUCAUCGAAGGUCACAAUGCCUCGGAGCCUUUGUUCCUCUACCAGGCAUGGCAAGGUGUCCACUCUCCCCGAGAGGCUCCGCCGGCUUACGUGAAGCCUUAUUUGCACACGAUCGAGGAUCCCGACCGGCGCACCUUUGCCGGGAUGGUGACGGCAGUGGACGAAGGCAUUGGCAAUGUCACCCGGGCUCUGGAAGCCAAAGGCAUGCUCUCCGAUGCCAUCAUCGUGGUGACCACAGACAAUGGCGGCCCUGUCCACGAGUGUGCUGGCAUAGGUGCUUCGAACUUCCCCCUGCGCGGAGGCAAGUGCUCCAUUUGGGAGGGAGGGACGCGUGGCACGGCCAUGGUCUACGCGCCGGCGGUGAUGACAGAAGGCUUUACCUACUCCGGCUUGGUGCACGCUGCCGACUGGCUGCCCUCCUUGGUCGAAGGUGUUGCCAUGCAAGAUGCUGCGAAGAUUCCCGCUGGAGCUACAUUGCCUCUCGACGGGCUGAACCUGUGGCACGCGAUUGUUGCAAACAAGACCUCGCCGCGCCGGGACCUCUACUACGGCAUCACGGAUCAAUCCGUUGGACAUCACGGCCCUGCGCUGCGAAGCGCGGAGGGCUGGAAGCUGAUUUGCGGCACUGGGGGCGGCACGGGCGACUGGCCCCCGCGGCCCGGAAGGUUCCUCAACGAGUCCUCAAGAGAGCUCUCUGUGCUGGAGGGCCGGGCUCAGAAUGAGACGUAUCUUCUGUUUGACCUCCGCGGGGAUCCCGCAGAGCGCAGUGACAUCAGCGCAUCCCAUCCGGAGCUCGUCCAAUCUCUGUUAGCGGACCUCCGAAAGUACGAGGCGACCGCAGCGCCGCAGGCUACCGGUGACCCUAGCUGCCCUCCGUUCCGACCACGACAUUCGAAGUUGCGUCCCUAUCUGGGACCUUGGUGCGACAAGCAGGAGAUCGUCGUGUGA